AUGACGUUAGACGAGAUCUACGACAGUGACAUCACUAUAUCUGAUGAAAUAAAUAACGAUAUGAGUACAUCUAAAACUACGAAUGAAGUGAAAGUAAACACUGGAACCCGACACAUAUUUUUUCGGGACAUGGACGCAGAUCCGAUAGUCGGUGGUUCAGGAUCACGCCGUGUUUUUGGGGGAUCUGCUAUGGACCUGAAGAAUUUUAAUGUGGUGUGCGCGCUAUUAGAUCGCUACUGGGUCGUUCGAUGUACUGCAACUAUCAUAGCUCCCCACUGGGUGCUCACAGCGGCCCACUGUGUUACGUCGCGUCUCGCUUACGUCAAAUAUAAUACGCGUCGGCCAGCUUCUACUGAUGGGAACAUUACAGCAGUACAUUUCCUAUACCAGCAUCCUCAGUAUCGAGUGGUGCAGAAAGAUGAAGGUCAUGGUCUGGAUGUGACAGAGUUACAUCAUGACGUGGGCUUAGUGCGCACAAGAGAUGAAAUAAAACUAGCCAAUACCGAUUCAGUACUCCGUAGCUUAAGAUCAAACGAUGCUUUUGAUUUAUAUGACAAAGUAGUACAGGUGCUAGGUUUCGGGCGGACGGAGCGGGCGGUGAUGGGCGAGGAGUUGUUCGGAGUCGAGCUGCGGCUGGUGGGCUGCGAGCGAGCGGAUUGGGUCUACUGCGUGUGUGGGGUCGCAAGGGAAGGUAUACCACGCGGCGUCUGUUCCGGGGACUCCGGCGGUCCAGUCCUCUAUCGAGGAGUGCCGGUAGGAGUAACAUCGAUGGGUCCAGUGGAAUGUAAACAGAACACCGGGACUCCACCCGUCGGAGCAACCAGCGUCUUCACAACUCUGUACCAGUACUCUGACGUCAUCAACGCCACUAUCCACGACACUGAAGCCGAGUUGCGCAUGCGCCAACUAAAUCAUGCUACUAACAUCGUUUAUCUCGACCGAUUGUUAUCACUGCCUCUGUUACUUUUCUUACCUCCGCGGUGAAGUUAUCUUCUUGUUAUCCAGUAUUCGAUUUUGAAAAUAUAUGUACAAUACAUCUA